GCUUGUUGAGCGUCUGGCAGUGCAUUCUCCAUCCAAAUAUUAAUGAAUUUGCUAAUACAUAUCUUGAGAGUUCGUGAUUGGAUGCCAGAUUCAUUUAGCUCUUAUGUAGUGUUUYUUUAUUUGUUUUGUUCGGCCGAUGAAGUGACAUGGUUAUUUGGUAACGGAAGAAGACUCGACGAGACUUUAUUAACGACGACAUUACAGUCAAGCGAGAGUGCAUGACAUCAAUCAGGUACAGUUACACAAGACGUCAGUAUCCAAGGAAAAACUUGCGAGAUAGAGACAGCUAAAUAUAGGAGCAAAACAAAUAAGCCUUACAGAAAAGCAUUGAAAAUAUUGGCCUCGCUACAAACAAUAACCAGUGCUGCUCUUUUUGAUGUACUAUAAAGCAGAAAAUAUGAGGGCUGAGCGAAGCUACGACGUGCGGCCUUCACACGCAUCUAUACCGAACUCGUUUUGGUAGGAAAAAAUUCUUGAAAAAGAAAAAUGCCUUUUGGGGACUGUUGGCCAUGUCUGGCUUUUUUAAAUAUCGGAAAAAAUGCGCAGACAAAGGGAACGUCAAUAGCAGAGAUCUCAAUGAGUGUUUGGGAUAAGGUCAAGAGAAGGCUUGGURCGGUGAAUGGAGAGGGAUCGGGGCUUUCACUGAACCCUGAGGCUGCGUUUGCUGAGGAUCACUACACGAGGUUUUCCCUCCUGCUGCUAGAACCUGGAGAAAUAUAUUUUGAAGAUUUUAGUGUAUUUUAUUAUCCUUAUAAUGUACCAGAAGAAGAAGCUAUUAAAAGGAUAGAUACCAAAGGUGAUGUCCUGGUGAUUGAAUCCAAGCAGGUGAUAGAAAUGAAAGAAGGGAAUAUAGUUGCACCAUAUAGAUUUAUUAGGGUAAGUUCCUUGACUUUCUUGGACUUCAAAUUAAAAAUGAAUAAAAAAAUAAUUAACUCAAGAUAUGUGAUGCUCAUACAAUGGUGUCCAGUAGUAAAGUGUAAAUUGUCUCAAAUAAGUCGGGUGGUAAAGAGAAGAUAUCUACUGCGUCACGUGGGAGUAGAGAUAUUCUCUUCAGAUGGAUCUCAGAUGUAUUUGGUAUUAAACUCGCAAAAAGAGAGGGAUACUUUUUUUGACGAGCUUGUAGCACAACAAGUUGUGAAGYUGGAAGAUUCUGGCCAAGAAAAUAUGACAUUGAAGUGGCAAAAUGGUGCCAUUUCAAACUUUGAUUAUUUGAUGUACUUAAACAGAGCAAGCCAAUAGGAGCAUUAAAUGAAAGCAGAUUACAACAACUCAAGGAGCGGUGUAAAGAAAUGCCCGAACCAAAAUUUCUGUACGGAUCGCACUACUCCACCCCAGGAUAUGUUUUAUAUUACCUGGUUCGAGUCGUGUUCUACUAUUUGACCUAUGAAGGCGCAGUUGACCUUGACAGYAUUACAGACCCCAAUGAACGAGCAUCACUUGAAGCACAGAUACUAGAGUUCGGUCAAACACCAAAGCAACUGUUCAAGAGUCCUCAUCCAAAAAGAAUGGCGUUGCCUUCAUCUACUAAUGGUGUAACAGCUCAAAACGACGUUGCGAUCAAAAAUGAAGAAAAAGAACCGAGGGCAGAGAAAAUACCAGUAGUGAACGUCAGUGUUGACUUYGAUGACAGUGCCGAGCCAGAACUAGAUCACUGGGGCAGCAUUGAUAAACUAGAAAAAGCGUCAUGUCACAAGCUACACAAAGACACUGUCACGUCAGUACGACUUUCCAAAGACUGUAAACAUGUGUUCUCUGUUUCACAAGAUACGCAACUGAAGAUCUAYUCGUUAGAAGAAAAACAACAAAUACGAAGUAUAAAUCUCUCUUCAAUGGCUCUUUCUUCGUGUGCCAUUAUGCCUGAUGCUAAAACAAUCAUAGUUGGUUCAUGGGAUAAUAACAUAUACAUCUACUCAGUAGAAUAUGGUCGUGUGGUAGACACGUUAAGAGGACAUGAYGAUGCAAUAUCAUGUUUAUGCUGGAACGAUGGAAUACUAGUUACAGCCUCUUGGGAUUCUACAGUCAAAGUAUGGAAAUUCCUUCCCGAGCCAGACGGCAAGAAACCAGCUUCGCCGCUAAUACUGGCGGAGYUGGAUCAUGACACAGAAGUGAAUACGGUGGAUUUAGAUCCUACCAAUACCCUUGUAGUUACAGGGACUAYGGAUGGWAAUGUUCUUCUGUGGAAUAUCGAUCAGCAAACAAUAUUAAGUCAACAUCAUAUUCAUAGAGAGACAGUACACUCAGUUCUCUUCAGUCCAGACGGUCAAAGAAUUUUCUCGUGUGGUUCUGAUCACUCGAUGAGAGUGACAGACGUGCAAACCGGRACAGAAGUCUUCUCGAAAAAUGCAGGCGAAGAAAUAAGGUGUGCCGUGUGGGAUGGGCAAAUGGUUCUAGCAGGAGGAGAGUCCGGUGAUCUUCAAAUAUGGGACUUAUUUCAUGUACAGCAAAUAACAAGCAUUACGGCGCAUAAAGGUGCUAUUCGAUGUAUUGACGUGUCAGGUGAUGGGUGUUUCGUAGUAACUGGAGGAGAGGAUGGUCAAGUCAUUCAUUGGAAAAUCAAAGUUUAACAAUAGCAUUACUGUUGCCUUGGUAAUAUGCUCAGCUUCAUUGGCAGCGAAGCCGCGUCGUGGAGCUGAACAUGUACGGUUAUAUUUAGUUAGACUUCAAAGCCUAUGUUUAGAUAUUUGAUAAACUGAAGAUGCAUAGGUUUGUUGGCGAGAAAAGUGAUGCUCAAGGCAACGUUUGUUACAGUGGUAGUCAUGGUAACCGUGGUUAUUAUGGUAGUCUUGGCAACCGUGGCUACAGUGGUAGUCAUGGUAACCCGGUAUAAUUUUUUAUAACUGCCAUAAUGAACGGAGAUUCAUAGAUGCGCGAAGUAUCUACUAUUGGUGGACAUAGUCAUGAACAACCAUCUAUGAUCUUGACUAUAUGUAUCGCGUGAUGAUCAUCACGUGGCCCUACGAUCCUUAUAUACCCCAGGUGAUCRUAUUCACUGUACCUCACUGUACAAAGAGGUCAUCGUUAUCGUUAUUUUCUCAAUCGAUUGUUGAAAAAAAAUCACAUUAUUUAAUGAGCAAAAAAUUAUSAAUUUGCGUCUAUGACAAGCAAAUGUUUAUAACGUGUUGCAAAGGCAACCCAAAGGCUUUUUAAAGUUUAGAAAAUUAUAUUUUCCUACAUUUAGUUUAGAAUUAUUUUAGACGAAACGGUUUUACAUAUAUUUUAUAAAAAUUGCUUCCAUCCCACACUUCCAGAAAUGACAAAAUUUAUCUGAUGGGCAUAACUGACUCCCCUAGUAGAAGCUUGGAAAGAGCCUUUGUAAAUUAUUUCCUAGUUUGUAUUACAGCGUAUGUAAAUGACUGAAUUCUAGAUUCCAAGAUGUGGGAUCCUUGGAAAACAUCAUUGAAAAAAAAAUUGUUAACCACAUACAUUUACUAUAAUGUACUGGCGCAAAACCCAAGCUUGGGCUCGCUGUGCCGACACUUGAGCUUUCUAUAGUCUUUAAAUCAAAGUAAAUUGAUAGUUGAGCGCGGAGUGAUAAAAUGUGCAAAAUUUGUUCUCCAACUCGCAAUGCAACAUGUAGCCCUUGCGCAAAGAAUUCUUUGACUCGAAUAAUCCGCCAUCUUGAUUUCCAUAAUUCUUUGUUCGUCGCACUCUUUACAUUUUUGGGGAUGUAACUUGGAUUGCAAGAUUAGUUACCUCAAAAGCCUCACAAAUAUCUACACCAAUUCACUUCAAUAAAGGUAGUCAUUUAGUACUGGUAAUAUUAAAUUGAGGUACUGAAAUGAAAAUAUUGUGAGAUAAUUUAUUUGAGAUGUUGAUAUCAAAAUGUCAAUUAAAAUUCUAUCGUAGAUCUAA